AUGGCUUCCACUUUCCGUGACCGUACGUCGGAGUUCCGAUCACUGACGGAGACUCUAAAGAAGACUGGCGGUGGAGAAGGAGUCACCGCACCUCCGAAUCACCAACCGUCUACGUCUCAAGGUUCCUAUUCAAGAUCUGAAUUCAACCGAAAGGCAUCACAAAUAGGAUUAGGAAUCCACGAAACCUCACAGAAAAUCGCCAGACUCGCUAAUUUGGCGAAGAAAUCGUCUCUGUUUAAUGAUCCAAUUGUGGAGAUUCAAGAACUGACUGCAUUGAUUAAGACUGAUAUAACAACGUUGAAUUCGGCUGUUUUAAAUUUGCAAAAUAUUCAGAAAUUUGAUUUGGCUGAUGAGAAUUACUCGGAAGAUAGGGUUGUGCAUUCUAAUGCUGUUUGUAAUGACUUGAAGAACAAGCUUAUGGGAGCCACAAAGCAUCUUCAAGAUGUUUUAACUACUAGGACAGAGAACAUCAAGGCUCAUGAGAGUAGGAAGCAGAUAUUUUCCAAGAACCCUUUACAGCAUCAGCCAAAGCCAACUACUGAGCCGCCACCUUGGUCAAAUUCAACAAAUGCAUUUGAAACAGAGAGUUUGCUACAAACACCAGGACCACCAUCAAAUGGAAUUUCUCCAGCUGGCAAUCAGCUAAGACGAAGGUUAGCUGUGGACAACACUCCAUCUCAGCAAAUGGAGAUGUCUUUGGUACAACAGGUUGUUCCUCGGCAGGAAGACUAUGCCCAAAGUCGAUCAACUGCUCUGCACAAUGUAGAAUCUACUAUUACUGAACUUAGUGGAAUCUUCUCCCAUUUGGCUACGAUGGUUGCCCAUCAAGGAGAGCUAGCUAUCAGGAUUGAUGACAACAUGGAUGAGUCAAUGGCAAAUGUUGAAGGAGCCCGCAGUUCUUUAUUGAGGCAUCUCAACCAAAUAUCAUCAAAUAGAUGGCUUAUGAUCAAAAUAUUUGCCAUUUUGAUAUUCUUUCUGAUGAUCUUCAUAUUCUUUGUAGCCUAA